AUGUCAAAGAUUGGUUUACUCCCAUUGUUUGGAAAAUAUCCGUGGCCAAUUGCUAUCUUCUCCCAAAUAACCUACCAUACUACAUUAUAUUGUGCUGCAACGGUCUUAAAGAGAAGCUUCACUCUUGGUGAAUUGUCAAUUGUAUCACAAUCUAUAACAUUUCUCGCGACAGAAGCAUCAAUUCUCACUUUGAAAAAGUAUCCCCUCCUUUCUCUUCCGUCAUUUGCAAGGAUUCCUCGCUCUCCGAUAAUAGCGUUACACAUCGGCUUAAUGUUGGGUGUUCUUGUUGUCGGUGUAUUAAUCUCGCCGGUACUAAUGAGAUCACGCAGACUGGCCCAGCAGCCAAGUUGGAGGAGCAAACAUUCUCAAGUGGUUGCAAACGAGAAGAAAUUUGUUGGAUUUGUAGUGUGUUUGGGGAGCAUAUUCGUAGUUGUAAGUGGCAUCGGGCAGUGGGUCGAGCUGAUGAUUGAGGAGAAUCCGUAUUUUUGGGUAAUUAACUUUGUAAUCGAGUCCCCCACACGGGUCAUGCUUGUGUGUUAUUGGAUCGUCACCGUAGUUGCGUCUAUCCUGGUAUACAUUAAUUUGAUAUAUUCGAGGCGAAGUUUUUCAUUAAACACCAAAAGAAAGUAUUUUCAUGGAUUGGCGGUUUUGCUGUUUAUACCUGGCUAUUUUCUCGAGCCCGAUUUCAUAAGUCUCGCCUUCAGCGUUGCAUUUGCUGCCUUUAUCUAUUGUGAAUAUUUGAGAUAUUUUGCAGUGUACCCUGUUGGAGCCAAACUUCAUAUAUUCCUGAGUGAGUUUGUAGAUAGUCGCGAUUCAGGUCCAUGUAUUUUGAGUCACUUGUAUUUAUUAGUCGGAUGUGCAGCAUGCGUAUGGCUACAAGGAAAUUCGCCUAUUGCUUCAAUGUCAGGAAUAAUCACUCUUGGACUUGGUGAUGCUAUGGCAUCCAUAAUAGGAAAGAAAUUUGGUAAACAUAGAUGGUCAGGUACCGUGAAGACAAUAGAGGGAUCGUUGGCAUUUCUAAUUGCUGAUUUGUUGGGAGGAUAUCUCGUUGGAUUGCUUAGCGGGCGUCCAAAUCAAUGGAUUCCAUACAUUAUUGUUGCUAUUGCAUCCACGCUUUUGGAGGCGUUUUCUCUUCAGAAUGAUAAUCUGAUAAUUCCUCUGUUUAUGUGGCCUAUGAUCAUUUUACUAUCGUAA